AAUCCACCUUAAGCGGCUUACCAAGAAGAGAUGAAACCUGGUAGAGAGCUGCAUGGUCGUUUAGGUGGGCAGGGAACUGGUUUAGCUGAACCCAAACUAGGAAAAAAGAGGAUUCCUUGGAUGGAGAAUGAAGAGUAUAUCGCGGUUGCUGAUUCUGCGCAGUUUGAACUCGCUGAACCCACCCUUGACGAGGAAGCCCUCCAGCUCUUGGAUGUUGGCUCUGGAGCUACAACGUCCCACAAGGCUGAAGGAGAGAGGUUUAGCCAGCGCCUGGUCCUCGUCGUGGGAGAAGGAGAUAGAGGGAGCACCAUUAUAAAAUCCAUGAAUAUUGCCGGGAAGAUUGUGGAGACCGAUUUUAAGCAGGUCGGCGAAGAGGGUAGGCCGGUUGUAGUGUGCGUGGCUCUGUAUUAUCCCCGGCGGCUUCCCUCUUCCGGUGUCCGGAAAGGACUGGAUAUUCGUGAUCCUCAUGCAAAACCGGUUCGUUUGGCGUUGGUCCCGCCCGAUUCUGUUCCGGUCAAUUUUCCGGCGACAACCGCCGGAGCUCCGCCGGCGACGGCGGCGCCGGCCACCGUCAAAAUUCCAGAAGCUCCAGUUCCUCUUCCUGAGUCCAAAAAGCAUACUCCCAGCCUCGCUCAAGUUGUUUCGGCUUCAAAUCGUAUCAAAGUUCCUACGUCUGUUACGGAGCCGCUUCCCGAUCGCGAGGUUACCGUCCAUCGGGGCAUGCCCGUUGUUCGAUUCAUGCAAUCAGAGGUCAGCCAACUAGCUCUCAUUGACAAAUAUAUUUUGGUUGGCAAAUUCUCUCACGGGCAACCCAAACUGGAGCCGGUAGCGUACGAGAAAGUUCCAUAUUAUUGUGAUUACUGCUGGCGGCAAGGCCAUUCUCUGGAUAGAUGCAAGCUAAAGGAUUCCGAACCCCAAAACCCAACGCCCAACCCGCAGCCCAAACCGAAGCCUUACCCGAACCCACUUCAACCCCUCAAGCCCAAUAAUCCAAAUCCCAAACCCCAUUUACCUAAGCCCAACCUUCCUAUGCCUAAAGAUUCCUUACCCAUUCCCAAGGCCCAAACUUUUGUCUUGAAGAAGCGUGCUUUGGAUCUUGUUUGUAAAGAUCGAAACGCUGAUUUCAAGAAGGUGGAUUAUGCACGAUACCCAGCGCUGAAAGAAGCCAUGAGAUGGGCUUAUCUCAAGACUUCCAUGGACCACCUUAGAUGAUGACUUUGGGCCUACAUUUUCCUAGCCUUUGGGCCACAUUUCCUGUCCUUUGGGGACUUCUUUGUUUAGCCUUCGAGCCUUCAUAUUUUAUCCUUUUUGGACUUUUGUUUUAGCAUUUUUGCUUUCUUUACUUAGUGGGUGAGUGGGAGUUAUGUUCCCUCCCUCUUAUCUUUUAUUUCAUUUUAUUGCUUAGUGGGUGAGUUGGAGACUUGUUCCUUCCACCCCUUUCUUUAUUUAUGCGAAUAAAACUGCUUUUACUUA